CAUCACGGUCUAGCCGACGAAGCCCAGCCGCGGCAUUCAAUCUAUAUCUACCCCACAUCACACCGUCGAUCAUAUCGUUUGAGUGGCUGUGAUCCUAGAAGCCAGUUUACCCUGGAGUCCUGGAACCCCACUCACCGCAAACGAGAAGCGUUCAGCGAAGCUGAACGUACGGUCGCCUACCGCUAA